AUGCCCUUCCAGCUUUCUAUAGGCUGUCGUCCCCCUAAGCCCGCCCAAAGGAGACGACUGAGCCCCCUCUUCCUGGCGCCUGCGCAAUUCCGCAAGGUGGUGGCAACAGUGACGUGCGUAGGAAGACGGAAGCGCGCGCGGCGGUAUAAGAUGGCGGCCGCCGGGCAGGUGUGGGCCCUUCUCUGCCUGGCGCUGGUGGCUGGUGCGGUCGCGCUGGGGAGGCAGAGCCCGGUGAAGGUGCUGUCGGACGACAUGUGGCGGGAGCUGCUGCAGGGAGAGUGGAUGGUGGAGUUCUAUGCCCCUUGGUGUCCUGCCUGCCAGAACCUGCAGCCAGAGUGGGAGAAGUUUGCUGAGUGGGGCGAAGACCUGGAAGUGAACAUCGCCAAAGUGGAUGUCACGGAGCAGCCGGGAUUAAGUGGAAGAUUUAUCAUAACAGCCCUUCCUACCAUCUAUCACUGUAAAGAUGGAGAGUUCAGAAGAUACCAGGGUGCAAGAACUAAAACUGAUUUCAUCAAUUUCAUCAGUGACCAGGAAUGGAAAUCUAUUGAGCCAGUUUCAUCGUGGUUUGGUCCUUCCUCUUUCCUGAUGAGCAGCAUGUCUGCUCUCUUUCGGUUGUCCAUGUGGAUCAGGCACUGCCAUGGUUAUUUAACAGAGAACGUUGGGAUGCCAGUCUGGGGCUCCUAUGCUGUUUUUGCUUUGGCAACUCUGUUCUCAGGAUUGAUCCUCGGACUUAUGAUGGUCUUCUUAGCAGACUGUAUCUGUCCAUCCAAGAGGCACAGACCUCCACAGUACCCACACUCAAGAAAGCUAGCUCCAGAGUCAGCUCAACUGCUGAAAAAGCUGGAUGAAGAGCAGGAAGCAGAUGAGGAAGACCUCUCAGAUGAUGAAGCAGAAGGCAAAGAGGUGUCUGACAGAAACUCUUCACCGAAUGCUGUCAGGCAGCGCCCAGUGAAUGCUGCUGCUGCAGCAGAUAAAUCUUAGCUGUGUUUGCACAUAGAAUUAGUGUUUUGAGUCACCAACUCAAAAGGAGGUAGAUAAAAUCCUUCGGCUUGAAGAGAAGAGCAACUCCUUUCAUGAUGAUAUUGAUGCGUUUCGUGAAUUCAGGACACAGGCAAAAAAAGCAGGAUUCAGGUAUUCCAAACUUAAAUCAUGCUGUUGCAAGUGGCUGGAACUUCUCCUGGCUGUGUGCAGAGAAGUGCCAAGAAGUAAUUGAUGUAGCUUGUUGAACAACUUGUUCCAUAGGAAUUUUAUUUUUUUUUCUUUUAACAGGAUGUAAAACAGUGUUUAGGGAACACUAACAAGGAAAAUGCAAUAACUUUGUGCUGUUAAAACGUUCAAAAAGGUUUCUCAGUAUAAAUCUUACCUAGCUGUGCUCGGAAGAAAUGCUGAGGGGGGUGGAAAUUCCUUCAGUUAUGGGACACACUCCAGGCUUUUGAUGUGAUAAAAACUGCUUUCUGCUAUGACAAUGAGUGCUACAACCCCUGAGUCCUUCUUCCAAAGAGAUGAAAGUUGCUGUCUUCAUUUAGAGGAGCAGAAGCUACCAUGUGGACAGCUUGUCUUGGCCAUCCUCCCAGAUGGAAGUUCCCACAAGUGCUUCGUGUGGUGUGGACCAGAAACCUGCUCUUUGCAUUGAUAUUUGUUUAGAGAAGGCUUCAGAAAACUUGAAGUAAUUCUCUAGGGGGAGAAAAAACUAACCAAACAAAAACCAACAGCAAGUAGCACCGUGAGUUCUUGUUUGUCUCCAUGACUCCAAUGGGAAUAGUUUACACACAGGGUUCUCUGCUGACUUCAGACCCAUAUAAUCUGCUCCAUAGCAGGAGGCCUCUGCUAAUUUUUAAUACAUCAUCAGUAAUUUCUCUUUAGUCAGAUUUUACUGCAAAUCCAGCCAGGCUGUACCUGCUUUGAGAGUGAAAUGCUUCUUCAUUUCUUUUACAGAAAGUCAAUUUUUUUUUUUUCCCCACAAACCAUCUGGAAACAAUACACCCUAAAUCUUCCUUUACAAACCCUUGGAGUCUGCUGUGUCCUGUAUGGGAUCUGGGUAGAAAUAAAAAGGAUGCACAUUGGGACUGUUGUUACCCUGCAUCAUUUGUCAAGAGUUUUCCAUAUUCCUUCAGUUAAUUCAAGAAAAACUUGCCAGGGAAGGGUCAGCCUAAAGCUGAGCACACUUAGGACUUUUGGCAAGCCUCUUUUUGACGUUUUUUUUGUUUAGGCUGUUUGGGGUUUUGUUAUUUUGUAUGUUACGGCUCUUUAGUGUUGUUUGUUUGUUUGUUUGU